CUUCCUCUGUUUUAAAAAAGAGUUCUGCAUGUGGUUUGAUAGCAUGGUUGCUGGCAUUCAAGCGCACACAGGUUGCUUGCAGGCAAACCCUUUUAUUUGCGAGGUCAGACAACGCUGAGCAUUUAUUGAGCAUUCCUUUUCAUUUGUUUGCAGAGAGGUUAGACUUGCCUCCAAGCAAGUGUUUUUCAGCACUUUCCCGUACAUCUCUCCCUCGCUUUCCAUAUUAUAAAAAGGUCUGCUUUUUUGUGGGGGAAGCUGUUUUUUUUUUGUUGCCCGAGGGCACCAAAGCAACUUUCAUUGAACAGGCUGAAUUUGCUGCUAUGGGAUUGCAUCGCUCCUGCAAGAAAGUGACAGUCAGGAAGCCCUAAUAAAUUUUGUUUUCUGAGGCUGGAGUAAUGGUGUAAACUGCCCCGGUUUUGCCACAAAGCAUACCUUUAAAAACACACACACCAAGUUUCUAGUCCUUAUUGUUGCAAAAGUGUGUGUGUGAGAGAGAGUGACAGGCGCGCAUAGUGAAUAUAAGAAGCAAUGAGUGUAAUAGGAUUUGGACUGAGCUAAAAACAAAACAAAACAGGGAGAGGGUCGUUUUGUGAAGACUUGUUCCUUCCAUACAGCUCCCAGUUUCAGUUAUCUUCCAGGGGGUGCAUAGACAGAAGUGGAAAUGCAGUAAAACUGAAGUGAGGCUGCGGGAGGCAGGUGGGGUGUCAAGAGUUUUGAAGCUUGUUCAUGAGGGUGGGAAUCCCAGAAUAUAGGAUUGUAGCAUGUCAGGGAGAGAGACCGGGAUCCUUCUCCCUUAUAUCUACUGGUUUUCGUCGUGCAAAGAAUUCUUUUAAAACAAGCGAACAAAAAAUAUAGGGCAUGAGACUCUUGAUCUCAACCCCCAUGUUGCGUAAAAGAUCCCCGUAUUGCAGGCAGUUGGUCUAGAUGACUCUUGUGGUCCCUUUUCAACUCUACAAUUCUAUGAUUCUAAUAUAAAACGCAGAGCUUCGGCUGUCACCUUCCUUCAAAAUCUCACUGUAUGUGUUUUCAAUUUGUCUCGAUUAUAAAUAAUUCUUAAACCCUGUAUCAGUGGUUGGUGGUUUUUACUGUAAAUAACAACAAUUAAUUAAUUAAUUAGCAUCAUCAGUCACCCUGAACCUUACAAUUAGCAAGUGAUGCCUUGUUGGUGGUGCCCAAUUCCAUUCACCCAUGACAGGGCCUUUUCAGUAGCAGCUCCCUAUUUAUGGAAUGUCCUUCCUGGUCAGGCGUGUCUUCCUCCCUCAUUUUUCGGUAGACUUUAAGAGCAUUCUUGUUCGCUUCGGCAUUUGAUGGCUGAAAGACACUGUUCCUGGCAACCCUGAGAUCACUGGUAGAAAGAAUUCUUUGCUUUUAGAAUUCUUUUUAAAAAAGUUUUAUUAUUUAUGUAUUUGCCACUUUGGGAUCCUUUGGGAGAAAGGGCAAGAUAGAAACCAAAUAAAAACAUAUUUAGUAGCAGUAAUUAUGACUAUUAGUAAUCAUUUGUGCAUUGCAGGGGGUUGCACUAGAUGACCUUAGGGGGUCCCUUCCAACUCUACAAUUCCAUGAUUCUAAGUAUGCAUAUUUAUGACUUUUCCAUGGAAUGUGUGGACCACCACACAUCUGUUGGCCCCGAUUUCAGAACUUCUCCAUUGGGCUACAGAGAUUAAAGAGCUGAGCCAAAUGCUUUGCCUGAAUCGUUCUCCACACUUGGGUGCCAUAUAUAAAGGCUUCCUUUGUGGGAUGAGCUUAAUUACCAGUUGCAGCCGGUUCUGGACGCUCAGGCUGCUGUACAUACCUCUCUCUUUUUUUGGCCACCAGCUCUUUUACCUGCUGUGAAGAUCAAUGCCAAGGGCCGGGAGGUGAUCUACCUGGCAGAAGGCGAGACGAUCAAGCUCGGCUGCCCCUACGAAUUGGAACCGCAAGACCAUGGCCCAAGCGACCUGGACAUCGAAUGGACACAGAUGAACUCUGACCCCACAAACCUGGACAACGUGCGGUGUUGUUCUCUGGUUCCUGCCCACCAGAUCCUGAGCUACAACAAUCACCAGGUAAUCCACCCUGGCUACCAUUACCUGCAGACGAGAGGGGGUUCUGCAGCCCACGACUCACGACAUUUUGGCAACUCUGGCCAGCAGCAGAACAUGGUGAUCGGGGGCUCCAGCCACGACUGCUGCUCUGGCCUGCAGCAGCGGGUGACCUUUGCAAUCCAAGACCCCAGCCAGUAUGAUGCCUCCAUCAACCUGCAGGAUGUUCAGAUUUCCGACUCGGCAACUUACGAAUGCAAGGUGAAGAAGACCACAGUGGCCACCCGCAAGGUGACCGUCAUGGUGCUAGCGAGACCAUCCAACCCACAAUGCUCAAUUGUAGGCAAGGUAGCCUUGGGCCAGAAAGUCACCUUGAGCUGCUCCUCAAACUCUGGCACUUCCCCACUCAUGUACCAGUGGGCCAAAGUCACAGAUCGCCCUUUUGCGAACUGGCUCUCCGCUACCACCAUUAAAGGCCCAAAUCCCGGUGACCUGAUCAUUGAGAACCUAUCCAAUGACCACGCUGGUGUUUACCAGUGCAGUGUGGCCAACAAAGUCGGAUCGGCCAGGUGUGUUGUGGAGAUCUCCUUCUCAAAGGAGUCCAACCGAGUGAGCAUCAUCGUGGGAGUAGUCCUGGGCUCUCUGCUCUUUCUGACCCUCCUCAUGUGUCUCGUCGUGGGACUGAUCUGCUGCUGCAGGAAGAGGCGUUACAAGGAAGAGGCCAACCAGAUAAGGGUUGACACGGCGCCCCCACGGGCCAGAGGCGGAAGCCGGAACAGCAGCAUACGAUCCGUCCUAGAUUUCAUGCCCCACAACAUCAGCUUCAUGCAGCGCCGCAAGUACGGCCCUCCCAAGGAGCAGGAAGGCAACGAGAUUAUCUCCCCAGCCCAAGAGGCGCAGCCCGUGGAUUGCAGCGGCGUGAAAAGCGAGGCCCCCCAUGGCGGCUGCUCGACCACCUUCACGACAAAGGCCAGGGUUCACUACGCUCCUUCUGUGCCUUCCUCGCCCCAGGCGACAUCUUCGCCAUCAGCUGCUGGCCCAAAUAAUGGAGGAAGCUGCUCUACCACGUCUGAGAAGGGCAAGCGAGGCCAUCCUGGGCAAUAUGGAGGCGUUCCUGUGAUGGUGCCAGCCAAGAGCAGAGAUGGCCUUUUAGUAUAGACUGCCGCAACUGAUGGUCCAACAGAACAUUCCUGAACUGUGUGCUGGACGCAAUUGUGCGCCGUGAAUGGAUUUCAAGCGCAGCCGCCAGAGACAAAUGACAUAAUGAUUUUAUUUAUUUCACACAAUCCCUGUACCGCUAGAUUGUAAUAAAACCUCUAAGUGGUCAGGUCUUUUCAUGCUGGGAUGGGGAGCUUUAGGCCUUGAGGCCUCUCUAGCCCUCCGAAUCCUCCUCAUUCUGACUCUGCUUAGCCCCCCUCAGUGUCUUUGCCUAGCUGGAAUGUCUCCUUGAACUCUUUCCAAGAUGGAGGAUGGGUUGUUUGUGGUUGAGUGUAGAAACUAGCCUACAGUACCAAGGUAAAAUUUACACUAGUUGCUCGGUUCACGCUUGCCUCGGGCCUCAGCCACCACUGGCAUAUGGCCCUAGAAAGGUUGUCUACAAAAGGAAAGCAGACCUCAGGCUCAAAAGGGUUCCUCGCUCCUGCUCUAACAAUAUACCUUUUGAGAAGGAAGUUAUAACUUCUGCUCCACUUCUGCCAGCCCCAUUCCCCCUUUCCCCAUUGCUGUCUGCCAAGAACUGGGCCAAACCAGCCCUCCAAGUGGUUCGAUGCUCACAGAAGUUCAUCAAAUUAAAAACCCCUCUGGAUUUUUGAAAAAUCACAAAAGACCUUUUCGUUCCACCAUACAUUUGCGACAGGCUGGUUGCAACCUUCGACAUGGUUUCUGCUCCAGAUUAUUUGAACUGAUUGUACAUUGUAUGCUUUUAUGUAUUUAAAUGUGACUGAAUGUAAUUAUUUGCUGUAGCCCACGUUUGGAAGAAACGAGGGCUUCCCUUAAUUUAACAAAUAAAUGAUUAAAAGAAAUGACCGAGCAGCUUCUUUUCCAAUCGACAGGUGAGA